ACAACCGGAUAUUCUUGUGAAUCAGGAAGAACUUGAAAACAUCGGCAAUCAGAGCCAACAACGUGUAUUUAAGAAUUAAUGGACCAGUGAUUUGGAGAGUAACGUUGUAGUCGCUGUGUUUACGUCCCUUCUCCUCGCUAUUUGAUCACGUGUGUCUAUGUUGCGCUAACUCGCUUCAUUACCAAAAUUUGCUUGCUGUGUUGGUUGGUGGCUGGAGGCUCUGGAGAAACAGUGGCCAUCAAGCCCUGAAUGACCAAGGCUUGGUCAUGAUGGACCAUAGGAGAGCCCUAACUAUUUCACUAGCCGUUGACAAGGUGGAUAACUCAAAAGGAAGUCCACUCAAAAUUCCCAAGACCCUCCGUUCUUCAGAGACAGGAUGUGGGAAUGAAGAGUCACAGAUUCACUGGACCCAAAUUGCUGGAAACAGAAUCAAGCUCCAAGAUUCUUGUCAGCAUAAUGGAUCCAUCUCUUUGGAUCCUGGCCUGGUGGCAACAAACUGCAGGCAGUUUCAUUUGGUGCUCACAGAUGUUCUGAAGACGGAACAAGGACAGGCCUACCUAGACAGGAAGAGGCGUAGCCAGAUGGCAGGAAAUGGAGAAAGGAGGAGAGAAUCCCGUCUGGGGACUGGACAAAGGAGGAUUCCUCAGAGCAGCAAAGAGGCCAAGGAGGAUGGUUCUACACCCGUCUCCACCCGCAGGGAGAGGAGGUCCCAUCACACGAAGAGGUCUGAGGAUGAAGCAGAGAAGGAACUGAUAAUAGGAGAGGAGACCAGUGACCACCUGAGAUCCAGUGAAGAUGUUGUUAUUUCCCAGAGACGUAGGUCCGAGCUGACCUUCACUAAGGCCGACUGGCACCAGGAGAAGCCUUACCCACUAUUCACACGGACCAGGAAGUCCAAUUCAGAUUCAUGUGAAUCCACACACGCUGAGAGGGAGGAUCGGGGGCAGGAGCUGGGGUUCUUCUGUAAUGGAUGGAUGAAGGAUGGAUUAUCGGAGGGCCUGACCACAGCCACUACCAGGAACCCCAGAGGGAGUGUGCUGCGCCUGUCCAGGGAGUCCCCAGAUGACGGAGGACAGUUCUCAAAACGCCUCCGUCAGGAGGGGGCGGGGCACAGAGACAGUGUAGCGUCCGUGGAGGUGGAGCCGGUUGACGUUGAUGAGACAUUGAUGGUAGUCUCUGUUGGGGAGGACGGGGACAUUGGUGGGAGGGAGAGGGGAGGAACCAUCCAGUUGAACCUCUGCUCCUCCGGCCGGGAAACGAGCAAACUCAGCCCUGCUGAACCCAUUGUUCUCUCCAGUGAUGAGGAGGAGGUCGUGAACCCGAUCCGCAGUUCAGUCCUACGGCCACAGAGUGGCGCUAGUGAGUGUGAUCCCCAGAGAAGCCAUGCCCAGGAAGAAAACAUGGAGGCAGAGAGGGACUCUCAGGUGGUACCAGUGAUGGUGACAGGGUUUGGAGUGGCCCAGUUCUCCAGCUCAGAGGACUCCCAGAUGGGCUUGUCUUUCUCCAACCUGCACUGUGGAGGCAUCUGGAGAGAGUCUGGUGGGAACCUCAGUAUCACAAACCAAAGAAUCAUCCUACCAGUUAAAGAGCCCAGGAGCCAGGUGGAGGUGCUGGUGACAGUUGAGCGUUGUCAGCUGUGGAGGUACAGCAUCUGGGACAAGGAGGAUCUCCAGGAGAGAGGACUGGGGUGGGAGUCGGAGGUUGGGGGGGCUCCUUGUGCCUUCCUCCUGCUGUACGUCUCUGAUGUCCAGGCGGUGGCUGUUCAGGAAGACCUGCAUGAGCCGUCAAUCAAACAGGCCUUAGACCCUCCCACUGGGCAGGCCAGCCCCUUCCUCCUGUUGACUCUGAGUGCCCCCCUGGAGGGGGUGGAGGGAGCCCUCCUCCGAUCCGUUCUCGACAUCAUCUGUCUCAACAACACCCCGCAUGUCAACGCCGCACGUCUCCGUGGCAACGCUCCCAUCAACGGGGCAGUGGACCUCCACAACCCCCUCCUGUCACUGGAUGACAGUCUGGUGCUGAUCAGAAGAACCGGACUGGACCCUCAGCUACUCUCCCUCCUGGGCCAGAACUGGGCUGGGACUGACCAGGACCAAGAACCUGGAGUAGAGGACCAAGACAAUACUGGGCCAGAGUUAGAAACUGUAGACAGGAUGGGGGAGUCACUAAUAUCUACAGAGACUGACCCACAGACCGACCCACAGACCGAGGAGGGGCACAUGGCGGCAGAGAUUCUACCCCUCCCUGAGGACAGUCCAUCCCAUCCCAGAGCUGUGUACACUGUGUGUCAUCGCAGAACCAAAGACUCCUACUUCGUGUCCCUGGGCCCCAGGCCGGGCUCAACCUGGACCCGCUACACACACCAGGGCCCCCCCCGCAGAUUGAUUCAGUUUCCUCCACCGCCUUCCAAAGGAGGGAUCACCGUGACAACAGAAGACCUGGAGUGCCUUGACAACGGCCAAUUCCUAAAUGAUGUCAUCAUCGACUUCUACCUCAAGUAUCUACUUCUGGAGAAGGCUCCAAAGAGCGUAGCUGAACGCUCUCACGUCUUCAGCAGCUUCUUCUAUAAGCAGCUCACGCGCAGAGACAACGCCAGCGAGGACAGCACCAGCAUCUCUGCUCAGCAGAGGCGACACCAGAGGGUGAAGAACUGGACACGACAUGUGGACAUCUUCAAGAAGGACUUCCUGUUUGUGCCUGUCAAUCAGGAGUCCCACUGGUAUCUGGUGGUUGUCUGCUUCCCUGGCCUGGAGGAGCCCCAGUGUGAGGCGUGGAGCAGCCCAACCUCGUUGAGGGGUACUGGGGGAGAGACGACAGGCGAGGCCAAGGCUGGAAAGGAGGCCUCUGGGUCCAAAACGCUAAAUGGCAUUAAUGAAUUAAUCCCUGAAUCAACAAGCAUGGAGAACCAGGACAAACUGACAGUUACAGUUAUGUCUGAUGGUGUUGUCCAGGGUGAAUCUGUCCUCCAAUCACCGCCUGCUCCUCUGAACUGCACUGUGAAGACCUGUCAGAGAGGCACUGUCACUAAAAGACCCUGUAUUAUAAUUAUGGACUCCCUCAAGUUCUCCCUCCAUGAGCGAGUCUUCAAACUACUACGGGAGUACCUCCAGUCUGAGUGGGACUUGCGUCGGGGUUCUGUACGGGAGUUCAGUCCAGAGCAGUUGAAAGGCUCCCACUGUCUGGUCCCCCUACAGGACAACAGCAGUGACUGUGGCCUCUACCUGCUUCAAUACGUUGAGAGCUUUCUUCAGGACCCUGUGGUGCACUUUGACCUCCCUCUGUGCUUAGAACGCUGGUUCCCACGACAACAGGUACGGAGGAAACGAGACGAGAUCAGGGACCUGGUGCUGCAUCUGUACAGACUCCAGAGGGGCAGCGUGGGUAAUAUAGGACACAUGGGAAAUGUAGUCAGUUAGCCACCACAUGGCUCGCCAAGUGACAUUCUGCUCAUGCUGAGCAACCAGGAAACGGACAGAUGUGAAAUGGAUGGAAAAAGUUUUUAGGAAGUCACUCCGUUUAGUUGUCAUGUGCUGGCAGGGUUGUUCAUAUUACACACUGUUGUGGUAUCACGUCAACCUCAAAAACGUUGCUAAUAUCACAUUUUGCAUUAAUUAUGUUAAGCUCCGUCCAUUGGGAGGGAUAUGAAGGACAUCUGUCAGUAGCUGUAGAGAUUCUGUAACACAGACUUUCUUUCUUUUUUUGAACAAGUGCAUUCAUGUUUUUGAAA